UGAGAAACAACAACCGGUCCGCUGUGCUCGGCUCCCCCGUCAGAUACGACAAGCGCUAUCCACCCAAGGACUGCAAAAAAAUGGAGAAUUAUAAACGCAUGACCGACGAUGAACUGAUCGAAACCCUGCGGAAAUGCAACAUUACGCAUGGACCUAUUGUGGGCACCACUCGGACUUUAUAUGAGAAGAAACUUUAUGAGUAUGAACGCAGCAAAACUAGGAAUCAGUAUCCCUUAGGUUCGUAUGAAAGCAAAACCCAGUACAGGAACAGAGCAAAUGACGAGGACCUGGAGGAUGAGGAUUUUUACGAAGAGAAAACUGUUACCAGAACCUACCACUAUCCACAAGCGCGACCACGGACCUUUGAUCGGCUUGAACGAGAACCGCUCUAUAAAGAAAACACGUACCAGCCCAUAUCCCAGAUGCGCCACCUGGGGACCACUCAAAGGGUAGAGCCUCGCAGGCCAAUCCGUGUGAAGCAGAACGAAGAGAUCCCCUGCAAGAGAUACUUCCCAGUGUGGCUGCAGAUCCUCCUGCUGCUCCUGUUCGUUGGUUUCCUGGCUGCUGUUUACUUCCUGCUGGAGCCUACUGACGACAAUCCAUUCAUGCUGGAAAAUAACUUAUCGAAUGGGCAUUAAUGGUACAGGAUCUACCAACAAUGCUUCACAGUGUGCUUUAAGGCAGGACUGUCUAUCUUAAGCCUCCAAGGCUUUAAAAGGACAGUAUUCACCAGUGUUCUACAUGAGCUAGAUAAAUAGGGCUUAAAAUAUGUUCUGCAUAUUUGGGUUUUUUUUAUGAUAUCCCUGUUUAAAUUCCCCACUUGCUGCAGUUCUUUAAGUCUGGAAAGUAAAAGUAAUUCAAUUCCACUUUUCUGCACUGACCUGUGCAAGAAAGAGCGAAACACCAUUGAUGUUUCUUCCUAAAAACAGGAAGCCCUAUAUACUGACCUCCUGUGGAACAAAGGUGUAAUUGCAUGGUUUAAAAUAGUGGAGGAGAGAUUUAUUUAAGUACUGGCUUUUUUUUAAUUGGAGUUGAACAGCCCAGGGAACAUCCCUGUGUGAUGUAAUGAUCAGCUGACCAGAUAUGUUAAUACUGUAUGAAUGGAAUAAGCACAAAUGUACGGGAUAAGAUCCCAUUUUUAAAGAGCAUAAUUAAAAUGCAAUGAUCUGCCUAAAAAAUUAGCAUAGACCCCCCCCAGGCAUCUCAAGUUCUCUUUCCCUUUAAAUGGUGCAGAGAUCCAAAUUACCUCACCUCCUCAAAUCACCUUUAUUCUUAUACCAGGGACUAACAAACAGGCUGCACUGGAACAAUUAAAUGCUUGACUCUGUUUCUGUGAUUUUUAAAGGGCAACCUAGACCCCAAGAUCAUUUGCCUCCUUGGGUUAGGUUAUUUGUAUGGUAUAGGGCCAAUUCACAUAGCCACCCUUCUGCCAAUUGCAAUGCAGUCAGACUGUAAGGCAGGGGGGCACCUGACUAGCCAUUAUCACCAUGCACUGACAGCUAAGAUACUAUAACCAGCCUUUUAAGAGGGGCCACUGUACUUUGUAUUUCUUUUUACUGCUUGAUGGACAACCUCUGCUUUAUUACCUUGAUACAAGGUUGUGGCUCUGCCCUGGAGUGUGGGAGGCCAGUAUUUCAUUAGGCAUAGUGCUGCUGGCUAUGGGAGGCUGCACAGCCAUGAAAGUAACUGAUACUGCCCAACUGAUCUUGGGGCUCUAGUUGCAUUUUAACAUAUAUUGGGUUUAUUGUAUUCCCUCUGAUCUCACUGGGCUUCUAUCCUUCCUGAAUUGCAGCCAUCUGGGAAAUGAUGAGCUCAAAAAAUAGGGUGUCUUAAAGAAACACUUACAGCAGAAUACUAAUUGUUUCCAUUUAAUCUUCCUGGCACCAGGUAGUGAUAUUGUCUUAUUAUGUAUUGAUGAGAAGUAAAUACACUUAUAUACUGUACUUACUAUAAAGCCUGGCCAUGCAUUGUUUAAACAAAGUACCCCUUUGUAAGUUACUGUGGAGUCCCAAGACCAUAUAAAGGUUUUAUACAGGUCAUGGAACUCCGGGGUGAUUUUUAAUAUCCUCAUAUUUUACAAUAGGGGUAUAUUAUUAUAAUACAUAAAUUUAAUUCUUUGAGUCAUGUGACAGACAUUACAUCCAUAGGCACCAAAUAUAACUGAUGACAUUGCUAAACACUUUAUUAAGAUAGACUUUAUGGGAUAUUCAUGGCUCCAUCAGCACCUUAUUUUAAGUUACAUUUUAAUAGCCACUUCCCAGGUUGGCAUACUGGCAAAGUGUUGUGGCAUCUUAGGGCAUAUUUAAUAGCAGUGCUUUGGAGAGACUCUUUAUAUGAAAAUCUGGCACUGAUGGGCACCCAACUGUUGCUGAACUACGAGAAAUCACAGGUGUAUAGUAUAUUUCUCCUUUACAUACACUACACUGUACCCCUAUACUUUAUGGUCUAUGUCCAGGACAUAUUGACAUUUUUAUAUGUUGGGAGGAGCAGGCUGUCUUUAGUACUAGCGGGGCUAGGGGAAAUUUCCUAUUGUGGCUCAUUAGAACCAUUUUCCAGUAUCAUCUGAUAGAUACCACUAGAUGGCAAACUUUUACCAAAGGCUAUAGAGCAGUGAUUUUCUGUUUAUUGGAUUACAACCCUCCACACCUACUAUAAUUGACUACGAGUAGCUUAUAAUAUAUAAAAAGGACUGCUAAAGAGGAUUAGUUUGCUGAGGCUGGCAAUAUUGGAAAGCCUAUACACGGUAUAUAAAUAUCCUGUAAAUCCUAUCCGUAUAAAUGGAGCUUGUGAUGUCAUUUCUGUCAUGUGACUCACUAAAACUUGUGUAUUUUAAUAUCCUCAUAUUUUCCAACAUGGGGUAUUUAAUUUAAGUCACCUCAGUGUUUCAUGUAUAAAAGCUCUUGGCCCUCUGCCUUGUGUGGGGGGUGGGGGUACAUUAUUUACUAUAUAUAUUGUAGGUAUACACACACACAGAAGCAAAGAAGGAUAGCAGUGGGCAAAUAUUUUACAGGACACAUAUAUAUAUAUAUAUAUUAUUUAUGUGUGUGUAUAUGAAGCCCUGUGCAUUAAUGCAUUACUAGUUAAAUCUGGCAUUUCCCAGGGUGGCGUGGUGCCAUUCUGUAGCUCCUAAUAUAGACAGACGAGAGGCUCAUUCCCAGCUUGAGAAUAAUAAUAAGAAGCUUUUGUAAUAGAACCACUUGUUACCAGCACUUGUAGUGAGAGAAGUUGUUUAUAUAUAUAUAUAUAUCUGCCAUGAAAUGUGUAACUGUGAGCAGGGAUUUGCCAUGUUUCAUACAAAAUUUUUUUAACCAAUAAAACGUUUUAUGAAA